AUGGCCGCCCCAGACGAGUCCCUCAUCGACCUCCACGCCUCCUCUCUCACCGACACCAAAGACGAUGUCGAUUCCCUCCCCUCCGACUCCUCCAACAGCGACAUCUUCUCCGAGGCCGAUUCCGAGGCCCAGGAGGAGUGGGAGCGCAGCCUGGAGCAGGUCCAGCUGCUGCUGACCAUGAUACUCGUACCGUGGGUCGGGAAGCUGUUUGGCCGCAAGUUUGCAUACUGGAGUUGGGGAAAAUACAUGAAUUGGGUGCACAACACAGACGUUAAAGUUACGAGCAAGAAAUCGUUCAAUGCUGCUGGUGCAGUGGCGGCGACGUUAUAG